AUGUCAACAUCCCUUUUAGUGGAGAAUAGCCGGACUAUUAAUGCAAAUGAUGAGAACAGUAUAAAUGAUACUCAGCGUAUCGUGCAAAAGAGAACUGUUCCAAGAACCAUUCUAGGUAAUGUCACAAACAAUGUAAAUAUUCUGCAAGAGAUCUCUAUGAAUAAAAAAAUCGGAGUAAAGAGCUUUUCAAAACUAAGCUCUUUCUUACCUUUGAAGGAAGAAGUUUUGAAGCACAACGAUUUUAACUCUUCUUUUAGUGAUACCGUACAGGAAAGGAAACAAGGUUUUUUAAAGAAUAAAGAAAAUAUUCCCGAAUAUGGAUAUUCCGAUCAACAACAGCAACAACAUCCUAACGAUGAGUCAAUUCGUGUAGAAUCAACUGCACUAAGCUCUAAUAUAUUGGAAUACUCUGAAAAUAAAUCAAUUUCUACCCAAAUGGAAUGGCAGAAUAAGAUCAUAAAAAGGAAUUUUGAAGAUUCGAAAAAAAAACGGCCAACAUCGACUCUGGUUGAGCAAAAUCAACAAAAGAAGUUUAAAUUGUAUGAGCUUACUACAGAAGAAGAUAUUCUCGAGGAAUACGAGUGGGAUGAUUUAGAUGAAGAAGAUUAUGGUGAUCCGCUGAUGGUAAGCGAAGAAGUUGAUGAUAUUUUUGAAUAUUUGCAUCACUUGGAAAUACUUACGUUGCCAAAUAAGCCAAAUCUUUUCAAACAUAGGAACAUCAAACAGAACAGAGAUAUUCUAGUGAACUGGAUAGUCAAGAUCCAUAAUAAGUUCGGUCUUCUUCCGGAAACAUUAUAUCUGGCCAUAAAUAUAAUGGAUAGGUUUCUUUGUGAAGAGAUAGUUCAACUGAAUAAAUUACAGUUAGUGGGGACAUCAUGUUUGUUCAUUGCCUCUAAAUAUGAGGAAAUUUACUCUCCAAGUAUAAAGCAUUUUGCAUAUGAAACAGAUGGGGCCUGCUCUGUGGACGAGAUCAAAGAAGGUGAAAAGUUUAUAUUAGAAAAACUAAACUUCCAAAUUAGCUUCGCUAAUCCGAUGAAUUUCUUAAGGAGAAUAUCGAAAGCGGAUGACUAUGAUAUUCAAUCAAGAACACUAGCCAAAUUCUUGAUGGAAAUUUCUCUAGUAGAUUUCAAGUUCAUUGGAAUAUUACCGUCUUUAUGCGCCUCGGCAGCAAUGUUUCUUUCUAGGAAAAUGUUGGGUAAGGGCAUCUGGGAUGGCAACUUGAUUCACUAUAGUGGUGGUUAUACAAAAGAAAAACUGUAUCCAGUUUGCCAAUUGUUGAUGGAUUAUCUUGUAGGGCCUACCAUUCACGACGAGUUCUUGAAAAAAUAUCAAUCGAGAAGAUUUUUGAAAGCAUCCAUAAUAUCUAUUGAAUGGGCUUUGAAAGUAAGGAAGAAUGGUUAUGAUAUAAUGACUUUGCAUGAGUGA